AUGAUUCUAAAGUCGUCAGUGGGAUUUUUAAUAUUGUUGAUUUCGUUGUGUGAAUGUAAAACGGCACACACUCGACAUGAAGUCAGGAAGUUCCCUGAAGGCUUCCUGUUUGGGACAUCCACAGCAGCAUACCAAGUAGAGGGCGGCUGGGAUGCAGAUGGUAAAUCAGAAAACAUCUGGGACCAUAUGACCCACAAUAAUCCAUGUGUGAUAUUCGACUGCUCAAAUGGGGACGUCGCUGGCGACUCUUAUCACAAUUAUAAAAGAGACGUGGAAAUGAUGAGGGAAUUAGGCCUCGAUUUCUACAGAUUUUCUCUCUCCUGGACUCGUAUUUUACCAACCAGUUUUCCUGAUCGUAUUAAUGAAGCUGGAGUGCAAUAUUACAAUAACUUGAUUGAUGAGAUGCUUAAAUACAAUAUUGAACCGAUGGUUACUCUUUAUCACUGGGACUUGCCGCAAAGGCUACAGGACUUGGGAGGUUGGACUAACCCACAUGUGGUUGACUGGUACGCAGAUUACGCUCGUGUUGCAUUUGGCCUGUUCGGUGACCGAGUAAAGUAUUGGAUAACUAUCAACGAACCCAGAGAAGUCUGCUAUCAAGGUUAUGGAGCAGACACUAAAGCUCCUGCAGUGAACUUCAAAGGUUUAGGCGAGUAUUUAUGCGCCAAGAAUCUGCUGCUAGCUCACGCAAAAGCUUAUCACAUUUAUGAUGAAGAAUUCAGACCUAAACAUAAGGGAUCCAUCUUUAUUUCACUUAGCGGUCAAUUUUAUGAGCCAGAGAGCGAGGAAUAUAUUCAGGCUGCUCAUGAAUCUAAUCAGUUUGAGUGGGCUAUUUACGCUCAUCCCAUUUUCACCGAGACCGGUGGUUUCCCUCCGAUUGUUAAAGAAAAGGUUGCAGCUAAAAGUGCAGAGCAAGGCUUGUUCAGAUCACGGUUACCUGAGUUCACACCAGAGGAAGUAGAAUAUGUGAAGGGGUCUUCCGACUUCUAUGGACUGAAUCACUAUACAACGUACUUGGUGUACAGAAAUGAGUCUGCGAUAGGCCGUUAUGAUGUUCCUUCAUUCUAUGAUGAUAUGGGUAAUGUGCAUUACCAGCCUGAUGACUGGGAACGUGGUGCGUCAGGAUUCCUUAAGGUCAUUCCAUGGGGUUUCUACAAGCUACUGACACAAAUCAGGAAUGAUUACAACAACCCUCCAGUGUUGAUUACUGAGAAUGGGUAUUCGAGCUUCGGAGGUUUAGAUGAUGACAAUCGCAUUUCGUACCUGAGACAGUACAUCAGCGCCAUGUUGGAUGCCAUGGAUGAGGGGUCAGACAUCAGGGCCUACACCGUCUGGAGUCUCAUGGAUAACUUCGAGUGGAUGCGAGGAUACAGUGAACGGUUCGGUCUGUACGAAGUGGACUACGAGAGCCCCGAGCGCAAACGUACGCCGCGCAAGUCCGCCUUCAUGUACAAGGAGAUGGUGCGCACGCGCAGCCUCGACUGGCACUACGAAACCGACACCAUGACCAUGACAAUCGAUGACGGACACUGA